AAACCGAAGUAGACGGGUAAAAAAAAAACAAAAAAAAAAUGAAGGCCUUCCUUCUCAUUCUUGUGAGUGUGGCUGUGGUCAGUGCGAAGCCUACGGGAGAGGAUGACGUCAUCGGGUCCGUUAUUGGAGUCGUCAGGAGCUGUGCUGAGGAAGACGUCUCGUUGUGCUUGAAGGAACGCGCCCUAAAAUACGUCGAGAACCUCGCCACCGCCCGGGAAGUGAACCUGGCUGAUGGCAUCAGCCUCCUCGGCUCAGGAUCUCCCCGCUCCGCCCGCUCCUUCGAACCCCUCCCUGAAGACCCUGCCGCCCGCGAGAACCAGGUGGAAUCCCGUCUGCUGGACGCGACUGCUGACUUCUUGGAGAACCAUGUGAUCCAGCUGCGUAUGCCUAAGAGCACUGUCGAGGAUGUCAAGAGAUCGCUUGAGGAAGGCCGUGGCAAGAAGAAGAAGCUGAAGCAGCUGAUGCCCAUCCUCGGCCUACUCCAGCUCAAGAUCCAGUCCCUCAUCCCCCUGUUCCUCGGCAUCAUCGCCUUCGCCGCCGUCAAGGGCCUGAUGCUCGCCAAGGCUGCUCUCCUCGCCUCUGCCCUUGUUCUCCUCAAGAAGCUGCUGUCCAAGCACGAUCAUCAUGAGAGCUACGAGGUUGUGGCUCAUCCUCAUCACGAAGAGCACUUCAGCCACGGCGGUGGCCACGGGGGCUGGGGGCGGUCAGCUGACGCCCAGAACAUGGCCUACAACGCCUACGCUAACUAAUACCUAAGAUAGCUUAAGAAAGUUGAUCCAUCGAUCAACUAGUCCAUUUAUCUUCGGUUAGUCUAGUUCGGACCUCAGAUCGAGAAUUAAUUUAUUGUCAUUAUUUAUUUAACUUAUUGAAAGCAAAUGUUAAUUUAAUUGUGUGAAUGAGUGAAUCUUGUCUUCUUUUUGUAUUUUGUACUGUUUCCAUCUUGCUAUCUUCAAUGUACCUGUUAUUUUUAUUAUGUUUAUGUUUCUUAGUACAAAUCAUUAUAGCUUUAAUUGUAUCACCACCUAUAUAAUUAUGUACAUAUACCUAUUUUUAUUUAAGUACUUAUAAUAAUUUGUGUUCAUUAUAACUAGUCGUAUUAUUAUGUAUGUAACUAUAUAUUUUUUCUUUUCCGUGUUUAUUUAUUUUAUAUAUACAUAUAUCUUUUGUAAAUAUGUUUCAUAUCGAAGUAUAUGUGUA